UGAUUUCUCCAGCUGUCGACAUCAUCGCUAUUGGCUGAGCUUAGAAUUCUCCUCUGAGUCCUCUCCCUUACUACAGCACCAUGGCAAGUUCAAGUUCACAAUCACAAAGCACCCUAAACAAGUUACUGGAUGACUAUUCGUUAUUAGAAAUCCAGCUAAGCAUAGAAUGUGAUGAAAAGCUUUUUUGUGACCUUUCAAUUGAAGUAGUAUUCACCUUGCCCUCACUGGCGAUACGGCUAGGAUUGACAGGAGCUGAAUUUCAACAGAUUGAGAAGGAUUAUGAAAAAGAUUACAAUAGACAAAAGAUAGAAGUGUUUCGGAAGUGGAGAAAUAAGAAUUCAAAGAAUGAGACUACUUAUCUAAGUCUGAUCAAAGCUUUCGUUGAGGAGAAGAACAUGGAAGCUGCUGAAUCUGUCAUAGAUUUUUUAAAGAGAAAAUGCCCUUCAUGGACCAGCAGUCAUUUUGAAAGUGUACAAAAGCCAUCAUCAGAGAUAGUGGCUCCAAGACAUAGUGAUCAAGAAUCUCAAAUGUUUAUCACAGAAAAGCCUCAAAGAUGUAGCUCUCAAACUCAAAGCACAUUAGGGGAAUGCAAUGUGUCUAAUAAAUCCACUUCACGAUUUAAUAGAAGAGAUUUUCAGCAUAAUAACAUCUUUUCACAAGCUUUUGAUUUCUAUCAUGAUAAUCUUGUUGCUAUUUUAUCAGAUGAUCAGGCUCAGGCUCCUCUUGAUCAAUUUGUCAAAUUAGUCACUUCAAAUUUAAUUAUGCAUCCUAUAGAAAAGGAGAAAGCACAACGUAAUUCAGGCUCAAUCAUCGGAUGCAAGACUCUUAUUAGUGAUGUCUGGAUGUUUAUUAACAGAGCAAGUAAUCCUGAACGUGCUUUACAAAGAGUCUUGUCAAUUCUCAUUCAAAUUGUACGAGUAGCUGAUAUUGCUCGUAAAGUUAAGGCUAAAGCUCUAGAAUCUGCUCAACCUGGGGUUAGAUGCACUUUACUUUGUGAGAUGAAUUGUGAACUGAAAAACAAAGAUUAUGGGCCAUCAGCAACUGCAUGUGUGUCAGAUACUCAAAAUAUUGUAGCUCAUGAUGAUAUAGUAGAUACGUGCAGUUCAAUCAAAAGAUAUGCUCGUAAAUUGAAAAAGUAUUAUCAAGAUUUGCAUGCUGAUCCAAAAUGGUCCCCAGCUAAAGAUAUUUUGGAAUAUGUAGAUUUGGUUGCUGUGUCUAUUGAAAAUGAAUCAAAGAAAGAGUAUUCACUUUUAGCUGACCUUUUCAAUGUGCCAUGUGGCUCUUCUGUCCUGAUAGAGGGUAUUCCUGGAAUUGGAAAAUCGACAUUAGCCUAUGAAAUGUGCAAACGAUGGGCAGAUGGCAUUGCCUUACAAAAAUACACACUGAUCUUACUUUUACGUCUUCGUGAUAAUGAUGUUCAGUGUAACUGGUCACCAGAUAAAGUUCAAAAGUUAAUUGGAAUAUAUCUCGAUAAGCAGUCCUGGAAGUCUGAAGCAGUACAAAAAAUAUUUGAUGGUGAUGGUGAAGGUUUGUUGAUAAUUUUGGAAGGUUUUGAUGAGCUACCAGAAGAUAAGCCUUCGAAUGUUGAGGUCCUUAGAGUGAUAAUGCGUGACAUGUCUGAAGCUACAAUCAUUGUUACAACCCGUACGUCAACAACUCAUGAAUUGUCACACAAUAUUCGAUUCAAAAAACACAUUGAAAUUCAAGGUUUCAAUCAAGACAAUCGAAACCGCUAUGUGAAAACUUUUUUCAAAAAUAACGACGAGCAAAAAAAAUUAUUUAAGCAAUAUAUUGAUAGAUAUCCAAUAAUUUCUGGGUGCCUUUAUAUUCCUCUAAAUUUAGCUAUACUUUUGGACGUAUUUACAAAUUCCAAAUUUUCUAAAUUGCCAAAAACAAUGACAGAGUUGUACAAAGUGCUCAUAAAAAUGUUGAUAUACAGAGAAAUGGAGAGUGAAGCACUAGCUAGCAAACUAACUCAAAUUCAAAAUUUGAGUGCAAUACCUGAUCCUGCUAUCCAAGAAGCGUUUGAUACCCUUUGUAAACUGGCCUAUGAAGGUACUGUUGCUGGGAAAAGAGGCCAACAGCAAUUAGUGUUCUAUGGACGGGAAAAGUACAAAACCCUUGGAUUGAUGAAAAGAGAAGUGAAAGUUUUGCCAAAUGAAGGAGGAGACAUGUACGCUUACAGCUUCCUCCAUUUAACAAUUCAGGAGUUUCUGGCAGCAUAUUAUAUUUAUAGUUUAAGUUCAAAUGAAAUACAAAAGCAUUUCAAUAAAUACAACAACAGAUACAAGAUGUUUGUCACAAUGCGCUUUUUGGCUGGUUUAACUGAACUUAAAGGAAAAAACCUUGUUACUGUACCUGAUGAGCAAAUAUAUUUCCUACAUAUUUUUCACCAACUCAUGGAAAUUAAAAAUGAGGCGCUUGUUUCUCAAAUAUUAAACCAGCGAAAAGAAAUUGAAGUAUCACGUGUAUCAUCUGUUAUGACUGAAUAUGAUUUCUAUGUAUUAGGAAAAUGCAUAGGUUUGUCAGUUACUACUUGGAGAUUUGGCUUCACAUUAAGAGCACUAACAGAUAAACAUAUGAAGAUGUUGGUGUCUGGUUUUGAAUCAGUGAAAGGAGUGAUGGAACUAAGCAGCCACCCCCAUGUUAAGCAUAUUGGUUUGUCUCUUAAUCAACUUGGCAAUGAUGGUGUUUCCAGUGUCCUUAGCUUACCUCCGUUAAUUUUAGGAACUAUCUUUGAGUUGAAUUUAAGAGCCACAACAAUUAGUCAGGAGUGUUUACCUCAUUGCAUUCCAAAAAUUGGACAUUUUUCCAAACUGGAGACAUUCUUAUUUCAUGACAAUGAGUUUAAGGAAGGUGAGCAGCAGCCACUGAUUGAUAACCUCUGCAGAUUAAAAAAACUGAAAAAGGUUUCCUUCUCUAAUCUCAGUCCUGCAGAAUGUGUUACUGUUCUAACAGACUCUCAGAGUAUACGUGAAGUUGAGUUUUAUGAAUUAUCAUUGCCAUCUAUUGAAACAGUUUUAACAACAUUAAGUCAAUGCAAAACACUUGAGUGCAUUGAGAUAUAUCAAACUCACAUCACAAGUGAAGUAGUAGGCAGAAUGUCAAUGCAAUCACUACCUCAAUUUCUCAGAGAACUAAAACUAAACAAUUGUGCUAUUGAUUCCAACACUGCUUGUGUUAUUCUUGAUUCAGUUAUACGCAAUAAGAGUCCAGCUCUACAGAUUCUUGAUCUUGGGGAUAAUAUCAUUGAUGACAAAGGUGGUUGUCACUUAGCUGAUUUGAUACCACUAAUCAUAGUUCUAGAAAGGCCCCUAAAUAAAAUUUUCCUUCAUCACAACAAAUUCAGUGAAAUGACAAUAAACAAAUUAAUUGAUCAGCUGGCUUGGUAUUAUAAAGAAAUGGUGGUUUAUCUUUCGUUGCAAUGGGAAGGAACUGUCAAUCAGAUCAUUGGACGUUCACCGAUUGAUAAAUGUGGAGCAUUGAAACAUUUUAAAUUUAAACGUCCUGAUAUGCAUUCAUGCACUUCUACUUAAACUUAUUAAUUAAAUAUAUUUAUUACUGAUUUUGUAGUUUCGACUAUUUUAUAUUUCUUAAAACUAGUC